UUAAACUAGCAUGGGUAUUUUCGACUUUUCGAGACUUGCGUCUAUCUGCUUAUCGUUUUAUGCAAUUCAACCAUGGCAGAAGCAAAUAUUAAAAAACAAACUCAACAGCCCAUAGCCUCUGUUAUAGUAAAGCUCUGUUUAAAAAUGGCUUCGGCAAUCAUCCCAAGCCCAUCUCCUAUUAUUCUUUCCAAGCCCAACUCAGCAAACCAACAUUGCCAUCUUCUUUCCUGCUUGAAUGAGUGCAGAGACAUGUCACGGCUCAAGCAAAUACACGCUCAAACUCUGCGCUCUACAUUGCCUGACCAACCAGACACUCUCUUUGUUUAUAGUCGAAUCCUCCAUUUCUCUGCCUUCAACGACCUUGACUACGCCUAUCGAGUAUUCGAUGGAAUUGAAAACCCAAAUUCAUUUAUGUGGAACACUCUCAUUAGAGCCUGUGCGCGAAGCUCUGAUAGUAAAGCAGCAGCCUUCUUGCUGUAUAGAAGAAUGCUAGAGCAAGAAACUGUGUUGCCUGAUAAGCAUACGUUCCCUUUCGUUUUAAAGGCUUGUGCUUACUUGUUUGCUUUAUAUGAAGGGAAACAAGCACAUGCCCAGAUGUUAAAACUUGGGUUUGAGUCUGAUGUUUAUGUAAAUAACAGUUUGAUUCAUUUCUAUGCUUCUUGCGGUUGUUUGGAGUCAGCACAGAAUGUGUUUGAUAAAAUGCCGAAGAGAAGUGUGGUUUCUUGGAAUGCUAUGAUUGAUGCGCUUGUUCAGUUUGGAGAGUUUGAAACUGCGUUGAAACUGUUUGUUCAGUUGCAGGAUUUGUUUGAGCCUGAUUGGUAUACAAUGCAGAGUGUUCUAAAUGCUUGUGCUGGUUUAUGUGCAUUGUCUUUGGGGAUGUGGGCUCAUGCUUAUGUAUUGAGAAACUUCGAUGUUGAUGUAGCUAAUGAUGUUUUGGUUAACAAUUGUUUGCUAGAUAUGUAUUGCAAAUGUGGGUCAUUGGAUAUUGCUUUACAGGUGUUUGAAAGGAUGCAUAGGCGUGAUUUAACUUCAUGGAAUUCUAUUAUUCUUGGAUUUGCUAUGCAUGGAAAGGCUGAACUAGCUUUAGAAUAUUUUGAUCUUAUGGUUAGGACAUGGAAGCUGGUGCCAAAUUCUAUCACCUUUGUUGGUGUUUUAAGUGCUUGUAAUCGCAGGUGUAUGGUAAAUGAGGGUAAAAAGUAUUUUGAGAUGAUGAUUGCAGAGUAUAAGAUUGAACCUCAACUAGAGCACUAUGGAUGCCUAGUUGAUAUUCUGGCUCGUGCUGGUUUGAUUGAUGAAGCAUUGAAUUUGGUAUCAAACAUGCCUAUGAAACCUGAUGCUGUUAUAUGGAGGAGUCUUCUUGAUUCUUGUUGUAAGAAGAAUGCAAGUAUUGAGGUAAGCGAAGAAAUGGCAAGGCAGGUUCUCGAGUCAAAAGGAGGGGAUUGCAGUGGCGUCUAUGUUCUCUUAUCAAGAGUUUAUGCAUCGGCUAGCCGAUGGAAUGAUGUUGGCUUGGUGAGAAAAUUGAUGACUGAUAGAGGAGUAACAAAAGAACCUGGAUGUAGUUUGAUAGAGAUAGAAGGUGUUACACACGAAUUUUUCGCUGGUGACACUUCUCAUCCUCGAACGGGAGAAAUCUAUCAGUUCUUGGAUUUGAUUGAAGAAAAACUAAAGUCAGUAGGGUAUACGCCUGACUAUUCACAAGCACCUAUGGUUGACGAGUUGAAUGAAGGCAAGCAAAGAACUCUGAGGGUACAUAGUGAAAGACUUGCUAUUGCUUUGGGGCUUUUAAGCUUGAAACCAGGAAUGCCAAUACGAGUAUUCAAGAAUCUUCAGGUUUGCAGCGACUGCCAUGAGGUCAGUAAAUUAAUCUCUAAAAUCUUUAAUGUGGAGAUUAUCAUGAGAGAUCGUGUUCGAUUUCAUCACUUUAAAGAUGGCUCCUGUUCAUGCAUGGAUUAUUGGUGAUCAGUUUGAUCAGUUAAGCUAUUAAAAGUCUCCCCUGCCCAAAAUAUACUGACUGGUCCUUGUGAUUAGGAACCAGUGAUUGUUAAUCACAACUAGCUCUGCAUGUGCAUAUUGCUGUACAUCAACUUCAGAUUGAUAUUUAUGUUUCCAAGUGGUUAGAUUGAAGAGAGUUUAAUUUCCCAAUUAAACCUUUUUAAUUUGAUCUCUGUUAGUAGAAUAGAAUUGUAACCACUUUAAGAAUGAGAAGUAACUGUAAACACAGAAGGGGAAAGGGGAAAAAAAAAAGAAUAAACCAAAAUUUUCCAGGAAAGGCCCGACCUCUAUGAGCUGAGGAAAUUGAAUAUUAUUUAUUAUUAAAAA